AUGAGUGCGCGACGCAGUCGGUUGUUAUCGUGCCUCGCUGUAAUCACAUGGUGCGCGACGUUGCAUCUCCGUGCGCUGCCAGCCUCGGCGGCGAUCGUCGUCGUAACUCCCAAGAACGCCUCUUACGUCAUCAAUGACGUCGACGCCAACUUUGGUACGCCCCUCCGUUUCAUCUCAGCCGUUGAGUUCGUCGCAUUCACCAUUCGCGCUCUUAUCCGGCGCGCACUCACCACUUGCGCACGCACCCUCCGCGCCCUCACCCGCCGCGCACUCACCGCAUCAAACGCAGCACGCCUUGCACCUCACCGGGAUUGCGCCUCACAAUCCGCGCGCUUCACCCGCUUCUCCCCGCUGCGCGGUAUCAUCCCCUCGAGCGGCAUUCGCGGCGUUUUGCGCCGAGCGGAGCCGCUCGACGCGUGUCAGCCGCUCGCGUCCCGCGCAAAGCGCGCCGAGCGGGCCUUCGCGCUGAUCACACGUGGCAACUGCCUAUUCGACACCAAAGUUCUGAACGCGCAAGUGGCGGGGUACGCGGCCGCGAUAGUGUUCAAUAACGAGGACAACGACGAGCUUAUAUCGAUGUCCGCGCGCAACGUGUGGGACGUGGCGAUCCCCGCCGUCUACAUCUCCCACGCGGACGGCCAUUUGCUGCUCUCGCUCCUCGCCGCGCAACCCGCCUCGCUCCUCAUCCUCCUCCCCACCCUCUCCGGCUCGCUCCUCCCGCUGCUCGCUGCGGCGCUCCUCGCGCUGCUCACGCUCUCCGUCUUCCUCUCCGCGUUUCUGAUUAUCGUGCGCCAGCAGCGGAUACGGCGCGCGCUUGAGGAGGCGCGGAGGGGGGGCGCGUGGGGGGUCGCGGGGGCGGAAGCGGAAGCCGCCGGGGGGAUGGGGGAGGAGGGGCUGGUGGUGAUGCGCGCGCUGCUGCUUCCGCCGCCGCCCGAGAAGCGCAUCGGUUUAUCAGCUGCGGAGCUGAAAGCGCUUCCGGAAAUAACGUUCUCGCCUUCUAUGGAAGAUCUCGCGGAAGCUUGUAAAGGGGAUAAUGGAGUGGAGGAAGGGGAGGAUGGGGAUGAGUCGCUGGGAGAUGUGGAGGAGCAGGGAAGAAGUGAGCAGGGAGAGGAGGGAAAGGAGGAGGGAAAGGAGGCGGGGAAGGCGGCGGGGAGAAGGAGGAGGAGGGGGUGGAGCAGGGCGCUAGAGACAUGCGCCAUCUGCCUGGACGAUUACCAAUCGGGCGACCGCCUGAGAGUGCUGCCCUGCGGGCAUGAGUUCCAUGCGGAGUGUGUGGACGAGUGGUUGACCACCAAGCAGCCCCUCUGCCCCAUCUGCAAGGGUGACGCACACGCACCCUCCACAUCCCCUCCUCCCAUGUGCACCAUCAGCAGCAACACCAGCAGCAGCGGUAGCAGCACUGCUGGCACCAACAUUGCCGCAGGUACCUCUGUUCCCACACCUCCUUCGCCGAGCCAACUCCACUCCUCAUCCUCCUCCCCACCCUCCUCCUCCUCAUCCUCCUCCCCCUCUUCCUCAAGAUCAGUGACCUCCUCUCCCUCCUCUCAUCCCUCCUCCCCUCACCCACAAUACCACCCAUCCCCUUCGUCAUUGCUUCUCACCUCUUUGCUUCCCAACCUACCUUGGAUAAGGCACCCUGCCAGCUCCCGAGCCUCCUUGCAUGCUCUGGCCGUACCUAGCCCGUCUGCUGCCGAGCCUGGAGCUAGUGACAUCCGGCGGCCAUUCCUCCUGCCUCCUGGCCCGGCAGGUUCUCCUACCUCUCCCUCCUCUUCAGCUGCUGAAUCAGCACCCAUGCAUGCUGAGCUGUCACACCAAACGGAUUUGACGAGCAUCGGAUGA